AUGGCGGGCGUAGUUUCAUUGGAAUGGGGCUCCAAUGGAGAGCUGGAAAAUGAGGGGACCCUAGAGGAUGUCGCCUAUGACAGAAAACCCACCGCACUGCCGGCCCUUACAGAAGAAACUGAAAAUGCAAGUGCAGCAACCUCAGUGACCAAGAGGGCGGCAGUUUACUGUACUAAUAAAUGUCGGCGAGCUACUGGCCACUGCUUUGAGCACCUCUUUGGCCGGCAGGCACUUGAAAUGAAGAUGGAGAACCCCACUGCUGGUGCUGCUGCAGUGAUGAGGCCUAUGGUGCAGCCCCAGGGUUUUCUAAAAGCCCAGAUGGUUGCCCAGCAUAGCAGAGAGCUGUUAAGUCAUCACUUUCAACAACAGAGGGUGGUGAUGAUGCUGCAGCCUCAGCAGCAGCAGCAAAGCCAGGCCUUCAGCCCACCUCCAAAUGUGACUGCUUCCCCCAGUAUGGAUGAUGGGCCUGCAAUGCCACAGGCUCCACCACAGCAGUUUCCAUACCCACCAAAUUAUGGAGUGGGACAACAACCAGAUCCAGCCUUUGGUCGAGUGCCCAGUCCUCCUAAUGCAGUGAUGUCAUCAAGGAUAGGUCCACCCCAGAACCCCAUGAUGCAGCACCCACAGACUGCACCCCUGUAUCAGUCCUCAGAAAUGAAGGGCUGGCCAUCAGGAAAUAUAGCCAGAAAGAGCUCCUUCCCCCAGCAGCAGCUUGCUCACCAGGGGAAUCCUGCAGCCUAUAGUAUGGUGCACAUGAAUGGCAGCAAUGGUCACUUGGGACAGAUGAACAUGAACUCCAUGCCCAUGUCGGGGAUGCCCAUGGGUCCUGAUCAGAAAUAUUGCUGACAUAGCCAUAUCUGGACCACUAAGGAAAUCACUGCACAAAUGCUACUGCUGUAGGAUUGUUGGGA